GACGUCACCGCAACGCUGCCUGCCAACACUUCACAAUUCAAUAGUCACUUUUAGACACUGUCGACAUAUAAGAAGAUAUUUUAUAAUUUUACCCAUUUUAUACAUCUAUAAGGUUUGCUUUCGAGGGAACCCCUCACGUUUAAAUAACGCGAAAACAUCUCUGGCCGUCUUGUUUAAGAAGAAAGUGCAACCAAACAACAUGGACUCAAUUGAAGACUUGGAAGUUUUUCUCAAGAAUGUCGACGAUAUAAGCAAUCUUGUGAAGGAUCUAAACUCAUCUGAUGUUAGAGUGCAGCAGAGAGCCAUCGAGGAAGCGGAUUGCCACAUUGCAGCAGUGAAUGGAUCCUGCAGGACAAAAGUCAACAAGACCACAAUUAACAUUGACGCACGUCCGAAGGCACCACUGAAUUCACAGACAGAAAGUGCAGAGAAUUUCAUGAAGCUUAUUGAGAGAGAUGUGCAAGACAGGAAGAAGAGGAGAAUCGCUCAAGAGAAAAAGGCCACUGCGUUAAAGGACAAAGGGAAUCAUGCCUAUGCCCAAGGAGCGUAUGAGACUGCUGUGAAUUAUUACAGUGAAGGCUUGGCCGAGCUACGCGACAUGCAGCAGUUGUAUACCAACAGGGCGCAAGCUUACAUCAAGCUGCAAAAAUACCAUGAGGCCAUCAGUGAUUGUGAAUGGGCCCUGAAGUGUAAUGAGAAAUGCACAAAAUCUUACCUCCACAUGGGGAAAGCAUAUCUGGCACUGAAGAAAUAUAAUGACAGCAGAACGUGCUUUGAAAAGAUGUCCCUACUUGAACCACGGAUGGAGAAGCUGGCGAAAGAAUAUCUUACCAAGGUGGAGCUGGAUGAGAGAAAGGAGAGUCAGGAAAUGAACGCGAGACAAGACUUUGACAACGGAGUGGAGAAGGCCAAGCUGAUCCCUCAACUUCUGGAGAAGCUGUCAACGCCUGGCCAGAUGCUGCUCUACUACUGCGGAGUACUGGAGAUUCUGUGCCAAGCAGUGAAUGACUGCACUGGCCAGACGCUUUUCAGGCUACACAAUGGUUUCAGCACCAUCGACAGCAAUGACGCUGUGAGCAGUUGCCUGUUGCAGGAAACAAAUGACCCAUGCAGCCAGGACUUGUGUGUGUCUGUUAUUAAAGUAUGGAGAGUAAUUUGCUGCGGAAAUGAGGAAAACCAGAAGACAUUGAUGACACUUCCAGCUUUCAAAGAGUCUUUUGUACCCUUGGUCUCAUCCGAUCAUGCUGCAAUACAGAAGGAAUGUCUAGACUUGUGGUUUUCGUACUCACAGACGGAAUAUGGCAGACGUCUCGUCAUCGACAACUUGGAUGUUCCCCUGUUAACGAGGAGCCUCAUGGCGUGCAUCUCGAGGCCAGAACGGCGACGGGAGAACAGAGUGCUUCUCAUUUUGCAGAACUUGGCGACGGACAAAAAAUUCUGCCGCCAGCUAAGGAAUGGACUGAUAGACUCUGUUGCCGUGCCACUUACAACAAUAUUGAGCAAUAUUGGCGAGGCUGAUCGACAUGUCCUGCCCACUCUAAUAUCAGCUGUUGGCGAACUUAUUGGAGACGACGUCAAUCGUCACGCCCUUGCUCAUGAUGCAGAGUGUUGGAAGGCCUUCCUGCUUGCCAUUAAGCAAUGCAUCUCUUGCAGCUAUAAGGAGAUUCUUUACGCUCUGCUUGGAUUGAUCAUCAACCUUUCUACUCUUACCUCACCUGUCAUUCAGGAACACGCGGUCUGCCUGUGUGGCUGCUGCCUGGACCUGCUGAAGGAUGACGACGGAGGUCUCGUAACUAGAGCUUUGGGUGUGUUGAGCACCGUCCUCCCACAGUCCUCCGAGGCUGUUACUUAUGUGGUUCAGCGACAUGUGGCAAAGACUGUGCGGCGACUGCUGAAGAGAACAGAAUCAACUGCCACUAAAUAUGCUAUAAAGAUUCUGGCGGUGUGCACGGCUGCCAGCCACUCGGCCCGGCGGGAGUUGGUGAAGUCUGACAGAACGCUAUCUGUUUUCCGUCAUUUGCUGAGCGCAAGCUGUGAUGAGAUGGUGUCAGGAAAUGCAGCCCUCUGCCUGGCCCAUUGCCUCGAGUUGAAGGAUAUUGCCAGCAACCUGCUGGGCACUGAUAUCGUACUUCAGCUGCUUCGCCACGCUGCAGGGGAUGCUAAGAGGACAGCCGUGCAGCAAAAUGCAGCCAUUGCUCUGGGGAAGCUAUGUCAAUCGGAGCCCAGACAUGUGAGCAAACUUCGAGACCUCCACGGCUUUGAGAUCCUGCACUCCUGUAUGAAGCUCAUCAAAUAAUGAUGGCUGGAAAGGAAGAUUUGUCAAGGUUACCACGCAAACAAAGGGGCUCGACUGUGAAAUCCUGCGCUGAAACAUCACUUGAGAGAGAAUCCACAGUGACUAACACACAUGCACCGUCAAGUGACCCUUUGACAGCAUACAGAUACAUCUUGCCUUGCAUUUCAAUGAAUGAUUAACAGCA